GUCCAUUCAUUGUAUAUGGGGGACAAGUGAACCUUUAAUUAUUAGCGUGAGAAAUACAAGGGGUUGGUGAGAGCAUGAGCAUUGGUUAAAAUGCACGAGUCUCAUGGACUACAUUUGGACUAUGAAGGCUCAUCAUACAUGUAAAUGUUUGAUGUUACUUUGUUUAUCUAAAGUAUAGGUUGUGUUUUUGUUAUCUGCAGUCGAUAAGAUAACUGCAGAAGAAGUUUUUAUUUGCUGCGUAGAUCCUGUGUGGUUUCAAAUCUUCAGGAAACGAAACUUCACCCUCACACGCUCUCACACACAUGCGCUCUCACACACUCGUACACAAAUACACAUCACACACACACACACACACAGGCACACAGCAGAUAACCAGUGAGUUGGUAAAGACUUGUCAGUAGUCUGUUAACCAUGAUGCUGGUUGCCUUGUUUCUCCUCAUCCAUCUCAGUGGACAUGAGUCCACCAUCUGUCCAGGUGAACCAGCCUCAGAUCGAUUCCCCGGGGAAAGUCGCAAUAUCUGUGGUUCGUCUUAUCUGAUGGGGGAGUCUAUCCUGCUUCUCAUGACUGGGCUCAGUGUUGCAUCAUGGAGUUGUGCUGCUGUUAUAGAGGUGAGCUGUUUGAUCCUGAACCUGGACUCGGUCGAAUGCACUUGGAGAGGCCAGGUCAACUAUACCUUCUACAGCCGAUAUAAGUCUGACCAAUAUCGUGAAUGCUCCAGUUAUGUCCUGGAGCAGGGCCUGGUUAUUGGCUGCAGUGAGGCCUACCUGGACAUUCGUGACAGAUUCAAGAGUUUUUCCACCAACCUCACCCACGAAAACUGCUCAACUGUGAAGAUACAUGACCUCAAAGCCAGAGUGAAAAUGAAUCCUCCAACCAACCUGACAGUAAAGAACAUUGAUGGACAUGAGCUGUGGCUGUACUGGAACAACUCCAGGAACUACCACUGCCUUGAAAGUGAAGUUUGGCACAAGAACAACAACAGUGAAUGGAAGAGUUUCAACUGUGACAACGGGAAGCAUGACUUCAGUGUCCCCCUGCCCUCCCAAAGCCUCCGCUAUGUUUUUCAAGUGAGGACGCGAGUGUCAGAUACCUGUUAUGAGUCUAAGUUUUGGAGUGAGUGGAGCCAGGCAAUCUCUUGGGGUCCAAUCAUAGUACCCAACCUUAAGGUCAAAGGGCUGCCUGGCGUUGCCGUGACUGUGUGGACUCCCCUGCUGGCUGUGAUGGCCGCCCUCACCCUCCUGCUGCUGGUUAUGCUUUUGCUCCACAAUGAGAGGCUUAAAGUUAUCCUCGUUCCCAUGGUUCCCAACCCGGCCAAGAACCCCAUCCUGGCGGAGCUGCUGGACACCCACAAUGGCAAUGUGGAGGAAUGGCUCCACAUCUCUAAGGAGCUGAAGGAGGGGUUCAAACCCAACUUCAGUGAGCGCGCCUGCUCUGUCCGCGAGUACACCACUCAGUCAGCCAACCAAUCAGAGAGCUCUGCCCCAAUAACCAUCGACCAAUCCGACUGCUCUGUCUCCAUCUCCACUGACCAGUCCAACUGCCUGUCCAACUCCGGUUCGUCGUCCACCAGCACCUCCAGUCUUCCCAUCACGUCUGGAGAGGAACAGGCAGGUCUUUAGGAACACCUGGGUGCAUCUCAUUUGUUUGUUCCAGAUUGCCUCCUAAUCUGGUCUCCUUCAUUUAAACACCACCAAUUACAAUGUAUUUACUUUGCCACAGUUAUUGCCAAGUGUUAUUAAUUUUUUAUAAUUGUAUUGCUGAAGAUCAGAGACAAACAUAUUUCUAGGUGUUUACUGAAAAACGUCACCAUUCUUCACACGCAGUCAAAUGUGGUUUCCUGUUUUUGUCCAGUGGUUUCUUUAUCACAAGUUAAACACAUCAGUCGUAACAGUGAUAUUCUCUUUCAGUUUAUCAGAUAAUCACAUCAGUAACAGUGCCCAGCUACGUAUUGUCAGAAAAUACAGAAUUUGUAACCACUCAAAGGAAUGUGCAGCAAAUGAAGUAGUUUGUCCUUAAACCACUGAUCAGUUAACAAUAAUUUACAUUUAUGCAUUUAGCAGACGCUUUUAUCCAAAGCGACGUCCAUGAGAGAGCUUUACAAAAGAGCAUAGGUCACUGAUCAUAACAACGAGAUAGCCCCAAACAUUGCAAGCAGCCAAAACAUGAAGCAUACAUUGUGAAAAACCAAUUUCACAAGUGCUAAAGGGGAGAACCAUAAGAGCAUGCAGUUAAACAAGUUAAAAUUAAACACCAUGAAACUCGAAGUGCAAGAGUGUACCUGUACUAAAACAAAAUUUCUCAGCGAGUACAAGAAUUUAAACCGUUACAACUAACCAACAAGAGCAACAAGUCUCUCAAAUAAGAGUCAUUGUGAUCCUGGAGGAAACUGACAUCAGGUCCAGCCAAACAUUCCUAAGUGCCUUUGUACUCCCGGAACAAGUGUGUCUUGAGCCUUCUCUUGAAGGUGAGGAGACAGUCAGUGUCCCUGAUGGAGGUGGGGAGCUGGUUCCACCAUUGGGGGGCCAGACAGGAGAAAAGCUUGCUAAUUAAAGAUAAUGAUUACUUUUAUACUGUUUGAAAUGUUCUGAAUAUUAUAAACAAUGUUUGAUCUAUACCUUGCUAAAUUACUUUCAUCAGCAUAACCCUUGGUUAUGUCCAGGAGAGAAUGAGUGAAUUAUAUAUAUUGUAUCAUUGAUAAACUGUCAUUAUGCUGUUUUCUUAAGCCUGCAUAGCCAUGAGUUGGUUCUUUGUAAGGUGCGACGAGGAAAGGCCUGUCUCACUAAUGUAAGUCAGAGGUCACAAUAUUUCAAAAGUGUAAAUGAUUAACAAAUCUUAUAAACCCAUUGUUAUUCACAUUAGAACACAUACAACAUGUCAAAUGUUUAAACUGAUAAAAUGUACAAUUUUAAGGAAAAAAAAAAGGUAAUUUUGAAUUUGAUGGCAGCAACACGUCUCAAAAAAGUUGGAACAAGGCCAUGUUCACCACUGUGUAGCAUCCGCUCUUAUUUUAACAACAGUCUGUAUCUGUCUGGGAACUGAGGAAACCAGUUUCUGUAGUUGUGGUAGAGGACUGUUGUCCCUUUUGUGUCUGAUACAGGAUUCUUGCUGCUCAACCAUCCUGGAUCUUCUUUGUAAUAUAUAUUACAUAUUUUUUGUUUCAUGAUCCACCAAAUAGUUUUAAUUGGUGAAAGGUCUGCACUGCAGGCAGGCCAAGUCAGCACCCGUCCUCUUCUAUUAAGAAGUCAUGCAAUUGUAACAGAUGCAGGAUGUGGUUUAACAUUGUCUUCCUAAAAUAUGCAAGGCCUUCCCUGAAAAAGAUGAUGCCUGGAUGCAAGCAAAUGCAAUGUUGCUCUAAAACCUGUAUAUACCUUUCAGCAUUGAUGUUGCCUUUCCAGAUGUGCAAGCUGACCACUAGGCACUAAUGCACCCCCAUACCUUUAGAAAAGCAGGUUUUUGAACAGAGCUCCGAUAACAAGCCAGUUGGUCCCUCUCCUCUUUAGUCUGGAGUACGCAGUGUGCAAGGUUUCCAAAAAUAAUUUCACAUUUCAUUUUGUCUGACCACAGAACAGUUUUCCCACUUUGGCAGUCCAUUUUAAAUGAGCUUUAGCCCAGAGAAAAUGGCAGUGAUUCUGGAUCAUGUUCACAUGUGGCUUCUUUUUUGCAUGAUAAAGCUGCAUUUGUAACCUGCAUUUGUGGAUGGCACAGCAAACUGUUCAAAGACAAUGAGUUCUGGAGGGUGUUUUUGAGCCCAUGCAAUGAUUUCCAUUACAGAAUCAUGCCUGUUUUUUAUGCAGUGCCGUCUGAGUGCCUGAAGGUCACAGGCAUGCAGAAUUUAUGUUCCCCCUUGUCCCUUACACAUAGAGAUUUCUCCAGAUUCUCUGAAUAAUUGUAUUAUAUUAUGUACUGUAGAUGAUGAUAUAUUCAAAGUCUUCCCAAUUUUACAAUGAGGAACAUUAUUCUGAAAUGGUUCCAUAGAUGCAGGUUUUCGCAGAAGUAGUUUUUUUACACCCAAUCAUGUUACUGACCUGUUUGCAAAUAAACUUAGUUAGUAACACAUACUUUUUCCAGCCUUUUCUUGCCCCCGUCCCAACUGUUUUGAGACGUGUUGCUGCCAUCAAAUUCAAAUUCAUUAUUUUUUUCCUUCCUUUAAAUGUUACAUUUCAUCAGUUUAAACAUUUGACAUUUAAAUGUUCUAUUGUGAAUAACAUAAUGGGUUUAUGAGAUCUGUAAAUCAUUGUAUUCUGUUUUUUUAUUUUAUUUACACAACGUCCCAACUUUUAGGGAAUUAGGGUUGUACAUUUCAGAGUAACAUUAAACAUAUAUAAUUAAUUUGACUCAUGGAGCAGUACAUUACACGGCCAUCACACCUGCCAUUUUGGCCUGCCUCAAAAUGUGACCUCACGCUGAACAUCUUAAUGAGCCUGUUGUCUUAUCCUACCUUUCCUCCCCUCCCCUUUCCUCUCAUCCCUCGCUUAGCCUCUUCCCCCCUCUCCUCUUUUCACUCUCCUGAGGACUCCAUCUCUCCCCCUAUUCAUGUUCAACUGCCCAGUGGCUUCACGUUUUCAGAUAUUUUUUACAUUGAAUAUUUUUUCUAGAGACAAUCUACACGAGUCUUAGUUAUAAUUUUGUAUGACUUUAUUUAGGAUGCUAAGUUUUCCUACGUUUCCUGUUCCAUUAUGUUCAUUGACUUUGUGCAACAAAAAGACGCAUUGACUGAUUAAUAAACAAAGCCAUGUAUGAAAAAACCA